UAGGAAACGAGGCAAUGUGGUUCGGAGGUGGACUUAUUUACAGAACAUGAACUUCGCUUUCGGGUUUUGAAGGCUGGACAUCAGGAAUGAGGAGACGCUCGCUUCCAUUAUUAGUGCUGAGUAUGAUCAAUACCGAUCAAUCACUGGUGCCGUCACUCUCACAGGGCUUCUCUCCACAGGACUUUGUGGCGAAGCUCAGCCUCCCUGCCGCAGCAGAACCUUACUCUCACUUCCAACACUUCUUACUGGCUUCUAGACGCGAUCAACAGUGCUAAACCAAUGCGCUACCAGCCCUAACGCCACCAACCAAUAAACUCCUGCGGGUGUCUGCAGUAGCAGAGCAGCCUCCCGCUCCAGGCCUCAAUCACAGUCAGGAUGUCGAUAUCCGCAGGACUUCUUCUCUGCAUGAGGAAUGCACUUCAGUUGAUAUGCACUCACUUAUGCAAGCACUUAUUGAUUCCAACGCACCAAGCCUGCAGUGUCACUUCGUCAUCCCACACUUGCUUGAUGCCACGUCGGUUUCCCCUCAAUGUUCCCCGAUUCCCCCUCACCAAUUCCCCUCCAACAUCCCAUCUUCCACCAGUUUACGAUCCCGAAGACCCCGAAACUAAGGGGCAAGCGGGAUGAAAUGUGUCAAGCCUUUUCAGAAGUUCAAAACAGAAGCCUCUCCGGUUUCAUGCCCGUGCCCGCUUUGAGCUGGUCCUGGUGCUGGAUUGCUGCGAGAGCCUUGCGCACAAGGUGUGUGAGGCAAGGUAUGCGGCGGAUGCUUGGUAGUGCUCCACCACCCCCCGUAAUAUCACACCAACAGUUAGUUCUGAUGAUAAUGCACUCCACUCGUACAGUGUUAUAUCGAAGGAUGCUCCCGUCAGCCUUUCCUACGCCUGUGGCUUUCCCACUUGUCGCUCUCUCUCCAUCCUACAGCCUCAUCUUAGAAUAGAUCCCCUCCGGAUCUAUCUUAUCUCAUCGUUCCUCUUCGUUCCACUUCGCGUCAUUCCUGGACAGAACGUUCUCAUGCUGUACUGAUCAAUGUUUGCAAAGGCACAGCAAGUACACCGAUGCUGAAGACCUCCUUUAUCUACCUUCCCCAGCUCAAUUGAGUCUUUACGAUGUCGAAAGAACCAACAGACCGUCGAAGUCUCCUGAAGCCGCAGAUCAGCGACCUCUCCGAUUCCCCCUCGAUGAGCUCGACUACUCCUUCUCCAGACCUUCGAGGUACAUUCCACAGAGCGGACACAAUGUCUGGUGACUUUACAGAUCCUUCUCCACGAUAUACAUCGCCAAUUCCUACAAUUCAGGCUUUCCAACCAAUGGAUUCACAAGUUCAGGGACUGGGAAUAUCGGACAGGAGGCAUUCGAUACAACGAGUACCUGUUGGAAGUCGAAACUCGGAUACAAUCUCUCCUCUCGAUCCUCCAACACCCUUUACACCAUCGAUGAAUGCGAAAGGCUCUCCGAAUAUCGGCCAAUUUAUCAAUUCGCCUGGAACGAGCGUGCCUGGAUCUGCGAAUCCUCUACUUUCUCCUGCGUGGCCGGCUCGAGAUGGAUACAGUACCGGGGGCUCGAGGGACCCUUCGUUGGACGAACAAGAUAUCACGAAGGGGAGGAGUGUAAUGGUGGAUAAUAUCGAUUUGGGAUAUCAGAGUACGAGGGACCAGCAAUCUGGACCGCCCUCAAUGAAUAAUGAUAAUAAUGACAUGACGAGACUCUUUGCGCCUACACCAGGGUGUGCUGCGAAAAACAACAUACAUUCCAAGAGGAGGAGUUGGCUUUCGAUUUCUAUUCUUUUCCUCUCGGUUUACUCGACGCUUUUUUCGGGGAUAUAUUUGGUUCUUGCGAUCGUACAGCCUCGAUAUGGGAGAGCGAUACACUCAGGAGGAAAGUUGACACCGGAGACGGCAUCGAUCCUGUUCGCACUGUUCGCAAAAACUAUCGAACUGUCCUUCGUUACGGUCUUUGUGACCUUUCUGGGACAGGUGCUGAGUCGGAGAUCUCUGGUGAAAAAUUCACGAGGGGUGACGAUCGCGGAGAUGACGAUGAGGACUUGGGUUGUUCAGCCGGGAUUCAUGAUCACGCAUUGGCAAGCUUUGCAACAUGUUGGAUUUACGGUUCUAGGAUGCAUUACAUUGACAGCUGCUUUCAUGGCUAUGUUCUACACUACUGCUUCCGAUGCUCUGGUUGCGCCGCAUUUGAAGUUUGGAAAGUGGGAGGAUAAGGAGAUGGUGGGAUUAGUGAAAGCCAGUUAUGCGAAUCCGCCGUAUAUUGAACAGAGUUGCAAGACGCCGGUUUCUACCAAGGUUGAUCCUCUGUACGCGGGGUUGACUUGUUUGUCUGUGGAAUAUGCAGGACAAGCAUAUCACAACUCCAUCACGUUCCUCGACACCUGGGCUUCUAUCAAUGCUGGAGGAACAGGUGUAUCAACUGACUUGUCCGGCCGACCUCCAGCCCCUGCAAUGCUCCACGAUAAUACUACUGUGAUUGGCACUUGGGUCGAUACAAAUACAAGCGACAUGACAGCGUCCUAUGCAAAGUACAAGCGGAUCGUCAACAAUGUCACAUUAUCGAUGCCACACGCCGGGAUAUUCGCUGCUGCAAGAACGCCUCAGAAUGGAGUCCUGCAGCCGGAAGAACUGGCAGGUGUCGGGGAGUACUCUAUCGAGGCAGCAGUUGUCAGCCCUAGCUUGAAUGUCUUGUGUGUCAAUCUCAACAAGACGGAGUUGGCGCCUCUGAUUUAUACUGAGUUUCCGAAUGCCAUCACUACGAACAAGAGUGGCAUUCCGGGACAACUUCAAGCUUAUGAUGGUUUUGCAGCCGAUGUUCAGGUUAUACCCGGAAAGGAUUACCUCAACAGGACCGCGGUGGACGAUAUCUUUGAAUGGGGCCCUACCCAUGGUCGACAGCCGCCUGUUUUCCCAAUGUACCCCAUGGAAUACAACUCUUUGACCAACAUCACCGUGGUAAACUCGGAUUCCGUUUACAUGCUGAUCAAAGCUGCGGAAGCCUCAACACCAGAUUACACCAUCUGCCAGCUGCGAUCGUACCUGUCGCCCAAUUGUAGUACACUAUACAACGUAUCCGGAAUGAGUGGAGGACGUUUGGAAUCACACUGUUACGAAGACAACCGGAUGGCAUACAACAGAUCUGUCGAUAACGCUCCAUUAGGUGCUCGAAAUCUGGAUUGGAGAAAUGUCGGAUCACAAUGGAUGUUGUCCCUGUCGCUAAACACUGGUAUCUCGAAUGCCAAUUCCUCUACUUCUCGAUUACUCGCACAACUCAUCCCAACUGUUCCCGGCUGGGGCGAUGUGAAGCUCAGCACCCUUACACCCAGUAUCUCCGAGACUCUGGCUGUCAUGGCUGGCAGUACUUUGCUUCUGAGCUCAACUGACGCGACGUUCCUGCAUUACUGGAAUUCCACUGCCACGAUCCUGGAUCCUGGAGUCUACGAGAAGUUCAACGCCACUAUUACUUCGCAGCAGUAUACUUCCGGCGUGACGCAGAGGUGGCAGGGCAUGUUCUACAUCGUCCUCGCUCUCGUUUUCGCAACCAACGUCUUCUGCCUGGGAUACUUAUUCAUGCGAAGCGGUCUCGUAACCGACUUCACGGAACUGCAGAACCUUUUCUCGCUCGCAGUCAACAGUCCGCCAUCUGCACGACUCCACGGAAGCUGUGGAGGUGGUCCGCAAGGAGAUCAGCUGAAUGUGGAUUUCCAUACGGUGCUGGAUGAUCAUUCGGGUCAUUUCUAUAUGAAAGAGGGGGUUGAUGUGAGAGGUGGGAGGGCGUAUGAUAUGCGGAGGAGGAAUAGUCCAGUGAAUUUGAGGCAUUUGAAAAGUAUGACGAGUUAUAGUAAGCUGAGUACCCCUAGAGGUAGUUGGUUAUAGAUAAUGUAUAUUUAGGGCGGGUGGCUCGUGUUGCCGUACACACUCUCUCAUUGGCUGCCUCCGCUUGUGAUGUAAUUCUUCAUUCCGU